UCUUCCCUGGGCACGGGUGGGGACAUAAACAGAAGAAGCUGUGUUGCUCCUCUGCGGCUCGGUUGUGGGAUAGAGAGAAAAAUGGAUAAAAAGAUGGAGACAGAGGAUCUGGAGACGCGUCUUCACACUCUGGAGAGUCGAGUUUAUGGCGAAAGAAGAAACAAAAGUGGAAAACCCGCCAAGUGUGCAGAGUCUUUGGUCAGGAUCCAGGCAGGUCUGACAAACACAGCCAACAAAAGAGAACGAGUAAAGAUCCUGCACAAGAAGAUUGAGGACCUUAUGAAGUACCUGGACCCCCAGUUCACGGACCACAUCACCGUACCUGACGCUAUGAAAUUGGAGUUCAUCCUCGCUGAGGAGGACUUCCUGCUCUCCCAGGCUGCUUUGCUGGAGCAGGUCAGCAGCCUCCAGCCGCUGCUGGACAGCACCUACAUCAGAGAUGUACCAGAGCACGCUACCAAGUUGCAGCGUCUAUCUCAGAUUCACAUUAAAGAACAGGACCAAACUGAAGUUCAGUCGCAAGAAGUAAAGAAGCUUUUUGAGGAAUACAACAAAAUGAUGUUCCUGCUGUCCAAGCAGUUCACCCAAUGGGACGAGACCCUGAGAAAGAUGGAGGAGGCUAAGGGCAUCCGGCCUGUGGAGUAGUAAUGGCCAAUGCACACUUCUGAUGAGGAUGGUGACAGUGAAGAAGACGGCUCUGUGGUGGGAGCUUUAGACCAGACAAGUGUUUCAUAUGUUGCUUUUUUCCCUAAUAAGUCAGUAAAAAUGAGACACAAAAACAACUAAAACAUCUGGGAGUUCGAUAGAACGAAGAAAUUAAAUGAACAAAUACAUUUUAGAUUUCUGUCAUCACAGCUGCAGACUGAUGUGUUGGUGCUGUUGUCCAGAAUGUGUCACUUAUCCUGUACCACUCAUCCAAUCCCACUUGUACAGUAAAAGUCUUCAGCCACCUGAAGAAUCUGGCUCCCAUCACGUGACGUGUGGCUCAGACAGCUCGGAGAUGCCGCUGUUUAUUUAUUUUAAGAUACGUUUUUUUUUAUUCUUGUAUGUUGACUUCAGUUUUAAUGCAUUCCAACAUUUAUUCUCUGCUGCAAGUCUAUCAUAACACUCGAUCCCACAAAACCAUAAAGUAGCUUUGCUAUUCGUACCAGAGUACUGAUUUAAACUACAAAAACUGUCCCAUACGUGUAACAUGUCAAAUAGCAUGACUGUAGUUGAUACAAUAAAUAUUAUUACAUGAUUU